AUGGCGGAUGUCAGUCGAGGCUUGCCAUUACUCAGCGGAGUGCCGCCAUCACCCAACGAACCCGAAAGCUCGUGUCGGAAAUGCAGCAAAGAGUUCAACAUUAUAUUCGCAAGGUCCAGAAGAUGCAAUCAUUGCGGAUAUUCGUAUUGUCACAGCUGUUCAGAUUACCUAGCGUUGAUGCCUCGCUCCGGAAAUGAGGCGGGGUACGACGCUCAGAGUGUCUGCGCUUAUUGCAUUGAAUACCUCAACACAUCUACCAACGCUGGCGCCGCAGUCACCGCCGCUGGACGGGGGCAGCUAAGAUCUAUGCCGUUGGGGAAACUUCGAAAGUACGUUACAGCGUAUAACAUCAGAGUCGGACGUGUUGUCGAGAAGGAUGAUCUGAUUGACAAGAUCAUGUCGGUGAGGGGACCUAAUGGCUGCCUGCCUCCUGAGUGUGAAGCCUUCUACCGACGGUGCUCUGUACCAGCGCGACCAGGUGUCCGCCCCCGAGGAUUCUUCUCCUCCCGUAGUCCAGAUGAUCUCCCUCCCCCGACAACACAAAUGCCCCAGCGGCAGCCUACGCAAGAGUUCGCCAGGCCUGACCUUGCUGCAGAUGAUCCCCCACCUGUUCCUCCAAGAUACCCUCCGCCUCCAGGUCCCCCUCCGAGACCCCCGCCACAGACGCCUCCGCGCCCACAAUACCACUAUACGCCGCCUCCGCCUCCGCCUCGCCCACAGCCCCAGGCGCCACCGCCGAAUAACGCGUCACGCCCAUGGGGUGCUUAUCCGGGGCAAAGCCCCUACACCAAUCAGUCCGCAUCGCGUUCCUCUCAGAAUUUCUCCGGUCAAUCCUACAACACAACGCCCCCUCGCCAGCGGGCCGCUUCAUCAUCGCCUCCCAGUCGUACCGCGCAACCGCCUCCACCCACGCUGGACGAGCUUCUGGCUAUGUCCGAGGCGUCGAUGGCUUCGCUUUCCAUCGGAAAUCUGAAGUCAAUAUUGUUUAGCAAUCACGUCAAUGCCGGUCUUAUCUUGGAGAAAGCAGAGCUUGUGAAGAAGGUGCAUGAUUUGGUUGAGGAUGAACGGCGUGAGAGAGAACGGAUGGAGAGGCAGCAUCAGCUGGAGGAGGAGGAGGAAAGAGAGCGAAUUAGAGUGCAGAGGGAGGAGGCGGAGCAGGAGGAGAGGCGGAGAAGAGAAAAGGCGGCGCAAGAGGCCGAAGCAGCAUCAAAUACAAACACCAAUCAAGACGAACCCUCUGCAUCGACCUCAUCGCCCGCCGUGCCAACUGACAUAAAUAUGGAACGCGAGACAUCGAACCCACAACCCAAGUCUGAACCCAUAGCGGCCCCAACUUUUCCAAAGUCUAAUAUUUCUGCCUUUGAAAGAAAUGGCUUAUGUGUGAUUUGCCAGGACGAAGAAGCCAAUAUCGCCAUCGUCGAUUGCGGACAUCUCGCUAUGUGCAGGGGCUGUUCAGACCUUAUAAUGGCCAGUUCGCGCGAAUGCCCGCUAUGCCGUACGCGAAUAGUGACAGAGGCGAGAUUGCUGCGUAUCUUUAAGACUUGA